CAACAACAACUCAAUAUACAGACAGAUUACUUUGACGACUCCCGCCUGCUGACUGGGUUGUUCUUAUAAUGACACUGGAAAGGAUCUCCAAGGUACCGGUUGUACUGGUAACUAUGUCCUCUGCAAUACUGUUGUGCUGUUUGUAUUGGAUGAGCACCGCUCCAGGCAGCCAACGCCAAGCCCAGGUUCUCCCUUUUCAACCUGUUCAAGUUCACCACAAAGAAGAAGCAAAUCAAGAUGCAUUCAAAGGCAAAUAUAUCAACAUCUCUUAUGGAACACAGAAAUACAAUCGAGAUAGUGAUGUCAUAGAUGAUACAAUCUGGCAGUCAUUCAGUUGGAACAAGGUGCCAGACGAUUGGGUGUCAGUUAUCAACUGGAGAAAACGUAUGUUACAAGACAGAUGCCGCAACCGUAAAACUGUUUCAACCUCCCAUGUGAAUACAGGACAGCGUAUUAUUGUGGAAGACCAACACAAACUCAUUCUCUGCACCCUGAAUAAAGCUGCAAGUCGUAGCUGGGGAAUGGUGUAUUUGACUCUCUCUGGACAGGUUGAUCCCUCAUCAGAUUCGAUAACCAAGAAAAAAUCUGGCAAUUACACGCAGUUACUCUCUUUCGACAACAAUGGCAUC